AGAACUCAUCUUCUGAGUCUUGAGUGUGUUUUCAUUUCCAGACUUGGGUCGCAGCACAAAUUUGGUUGCUAAGUAGAUAACGGAAGGAGAUGAUGGCAAGUGAGGUUGAUGAUAAUAGAGGUAUUCAGAAUGAGGUCUGUGAAUCUGGUUUGGGUUCUCACAAAGUUGCAGAUGCAGAUUUGGACAAUGAUGGCAGACCCAGAAGAACUGGGUCUCUGUGGACAGCAUGUGCACUCGUAAUAACAGCUGUUAUAGGCGCUGGAGUGCUCUCGCUCGCCUGGAGCCUGGCGCAGAUUGGAUGGGUUGGUGUAUUAGUUCUCAUAAUAUUUGGCAUCAUCACAUUCUACACUUCCAAUCUCUUAGCAGAAUGUUACAGAUGCCCAGUCACUGGCAAGAGAAACUAUACUUAUAUGCAGGCUGUCAAAGCCAAUCUAGGUGGAAAAAUGUAUAUGGCUUGUGGGUUGGCUCAAUACAGCCUCCUAAUUGGACUGGCAAUUGGCUAUACCAUCACUGCAGCAAUAAGCAUGGUGGCUAUACAGAAAUCGAAUUGCUUCCACAAAAGAGGCCAUGAAGCCCCUUGCGAGGUUUCGCAUAAACCAUACAUGAUAGGGAUGGGACUCUUUGAAAUUGUGGUGUCUCAGAUACCGGAUAUUGGUGAAAUGUGGGGGCUGUCUGUCAUAGCAACAGUUACAUCUUUCGGGUAUGCCUCAAUUGGAGCUGCACUCGCCUUUUCAACUGUCAUCUCAGGGCAUGGAAAGAGGACCAGUGUGACUGGUGUUGAGGUUGGGCCGGGCAUAACUGCAGCUCAGAAGAUGUGGAGGAUGUUCAGAGCAAUUGGAGACAUGUUGUUAUGCAGCUCAUACUCUGCAAUUCUGAUUGAAAUCCAGGAUACAUUGAAAUCUUCAGGGUCAGAAAUCCAAGUAAUGAAGAAGGCUAACAUGAUAAGUGUGUCAACAACAACCUUAUUCUACUUGAUUUGUGCUUGCUUUGGCUAUGCUGCAUUCGGGAACAACGCCCAUGGCAACAUGCUAACUGGCUUUGGAUUUUACGAGCCCUUCUGGCUCAUCGACUUGGCCAACACCUUCAUUGUGAUGCACCUUGUGGGAGCAUACCAGGUGGUUUCACAACCAGUGUUUGGUGCAGUUGAAUCACAGAUGAGAAGGUGGUGGCCAAGGUCCAAGUUUGUAAUUGCUGAGUACCCCAUAAGAAUUGGGAAGAAAAACUUCAACAUGAGUAUCAAUUUGUUAAGGCUGACUUGGAGAAUCAUGUUUGUAGUGAUUAUAACUUUGCUGGCUUUGGCAUUGCCCUACUUCAAUGAAGUGCUGGCACUGCUUGGAGCUAUUAGUUUCUGGCCACUGACAGUUUACUUCCCAGUGAAUAUGUACAUUGUGCAAAAGAAGAUCAGUCGAUGGACAAUUAGGUGGUUUGGGCUGCAGUCACUGAACUUUGUGUGUCUGCUUGUGGCCUUGGCUGCAGCCUGCGGCUCCAUUGAAGGGUUUGCUGAGGCUCUCCAUAUCUUCAAGCACUCCUAAUUAAACAAUAAUGCAACAGUGCCUAUGU